UGCUUGCAGAUAUCCUCAUCCCUUCUAUCCUAUUCCCAGGAUGGAGAAAUAUCCCACUGACAUGAGAAUAGUAUCGCUGGCUCCACAUGCAUGAACCCGACCUCCUCUCCUCGCCUAUAAAGACCCUCUCAACAUCCGAACGAGCUCCUUCAAAGCGGAGCGGAACAAGUGGCAGCUACUCUUCCCUGCAAAGAGACAGCAGCAGAAGAGGGGAAAGGCAAGAAGAUGGAGAUGGCUCUAUGUCUUUCCUCCUCCCUCAAUCACCCUGCUGCUGCUGCUGCUGCUGCUAUCACCAUUCUCCCCCCCUCCCCCGAUCCUUCUUCUCCUCCUCCUCCUGCUGCUACUGCUGUCACCAUGUACCCUCCCAAUUCCUCCUCCACCUUCUUGUCUUCUGCUGCUGCUGUCACAGUUGUAUCCAAAUGCACCGUAUAUCCUGACAGCAAGUCCACUCUCGGAGACCUCAAGCUCUCCGUUUCCGACCUCCCCAUGCUCUCCUGCCACUACAUCCAGAAGGGCCUCUUCUUCUCCCAACCCCCUAUCCCGUUCGCUCCUCUCCUCGCCCUCCUCAAGUCCUCUCUUUCCCGCGCCCUCUCCCUCCUCCCCGCCCUCGCCGGCCGCCUCUCCACCCUCCCCGACGGCCGGAUCGUCAUCUCCUGCAACGACGCCGGCGCCGAAUUCUCCCACGCCGUCGCCCCCUCCCUCACCCUCCCCCUCCUCCUUCCCCCCUCAUCCGACGUGCCGCUGCCGGUCAAGUCCUUGUUCCCCUUCGACGGCGCCGUCAGCUACCAGGGCCACCUCCGGCCCCUCGCCGCCUUCCAGGUCACCGAGCUCGGCGAUGGCGCCAUCUUCAUCGGGUGCGUCGUCAACCAUGCCAUCGUCGACGGCACCUCCUUCUGGAACUUCUUCAAUGUCUGGGCCGAGCUCUGCCGCGGCGGCUCCCCCAAGUCGCCGGACUUCCGCCGGAACUUCUUCGGCGACUCUACCUCGGUGCUCCGGUUCGCGGACGGCGACGGCCCGGAGGUGACGUUCCCGGUGAAUGCUCCGCUACGGGAGCGCGUCUUCCACUUCAGCCGGGAAGCCGUCCGAGAUCUCAAAUCGAGGGCCAACCGCCAGGCCCAAAGGGUUUCGACAGGUGGCGGUCCGAUCGCCGAGAUAUACGGGAAGCAGAUCCACGACCGGAAGAAGGCGGGGAUGGAGGAGGAGAUCUCGUCCUUCCAAUCGCUGUGCGCCCAGCUGUGGCGGUCGGUGACGCGGGCGCGGAAGCUCCUCCCACCGGAGGCGACGACGACGUUCCGGAUGGCGGUGAACUGCCGGCACAGGGUUCGGCCGCGGGUCGACCCGCUGUACUUCGGGAACGCGAUCCAGAGCAUCCCGACGACGGCGGCGGUGGGGGAGGUGACCGCGAGCGAGCUGGGUUGGACGGCGCGGCUGCUGCACCGGAACGUGGCGGCGUACGGCGACGAGGCGGUGCGGCGGGUGGUGGCGGACUGGGAGGCCGCGCCGCGGUGCUUCCCGCUGGGGAACCCGGACGGGGCCGGCAUCACGAUGGGGAGCUCGAACCGGUUCCCCAUGUACGAGGGGAACGACUUCGGGUGGGGGCUGCCCCUGGCGGUGCGGAGCGGGCGGGCGAACAAGUUCAACGGCAAGAUUUCGGCGUUCCCGGGGAGGGAGGGAGGAGGGAGCGUGGACCUGGAGGUCUGCCUCGCCCCCGACACCAUGGCGGCGCUCCUCCAAGACGACGAGUUCAUGCAAUACGUCUCCGAAGGCCACCCUGCACUCUAAUGGUUGGGUGCUCAAGGUAUAGAAAGAGGGUAGAGCAAAGCAAACACGCAUGCUGGAACUCGGAAUCCAUCCCGGAGAGGACCGCGAAUCCUGCUGCUUUUCAGUUGUUUAGUUAAUAAGUUGUGUCCUUCUCCCCUCCAAUAAUAAUAUUAAAAUUUAAAACAAAAAUGGAAACGAUUUGUGCGCUGCCGUUUGGAUUUUGCAGCCGCCUCCCAUUUAGGAUAAAGAUGAUUGCCCUGGUGGGUGGUAGACUUUGCCGAAAUGUUUGGUUGAUGACAAUGCACCUAGUGGCAUAUGCAUAAUGACAAUUCUGUAUUGUAUUGGUUUUUCGACUAGGAUUUGCUUCCAUCUAAUGUAAUAAAACCAACCUUAUGCACCAAAA